AUGUCCACACUGGAUUCCAGUUCUGGCCAAUCAUCAGCAAAGUUUGCUAAGCCAGACAGAAGUGGUAGUACGUUUGCUAACCCGUUGUCAUUUGAAAAUUGGACAGGCUUACCUGGACCAUGGAAACUUAUGAAGUGGAAACUAUUUGACACAGAUGAGUCCAAAAUACCCGAUGAUGAAGCGAUCCUCGACCAGACUCUACCUGUCCAUAAGAUCACCAAAUUCGAAUCAGAGUCGAAUAAACGAAUGUUUGCUACGUGGCUUGGACAUGCUACAGUCCUCGUACAAAUGGAAGGAGUACGAUUCAUUACGGACCCAAUUUGGUCAAAAAGGGCAUCAUUUUGGCAAUGGAUUGGUCCAAAACGUUACAGACCACCACCUAUGGAGAUUGAAGAUUUGCCUAAGCUUCACUUCGGAGUCAUCUCGCACGAUCACUAUGACCACCUGGAUUCAGAAGCCGUCGCUAAGAUUAACAGCUUGAAUCCAUCUAUGCGGUGGUUCGUGCCACUUGGUAUGCUGGAUUGGAUGACUACAAUUGGGAUUGAAAACAGUGCAGAGCAUCCGAGAAAAGUUACUGAAAUGGAGUGGGGCGGUAGCGAUUCAUUUCGUGUAGACGAGACAGAUGUGACGGUAUGGUGCCUCCCCGCUCAACAUUGGGGACAGAGAGCGAUUUUCGAUAGAAAUCAGCGAUUGUGGUCAGGAUGGGCAGUGAUGACGCCAAAUCGUCGAUUCUACUACACUGGUGACACUGGAUUUUGCGAAAAGGAGUUUAAAAAGAUAGGCGACCAGCUUGGUCCCUUCGAUCUUGCCGCAAUCCCCAUCGGCGCAUAUAAGCCACGGUGGAUGAUGAAAGCGCAGCACAUUGAUCCUCAUGAAGCUGUAGCCGUACAUGAUCUCGUGAAAUCUAAAUUCUCCAUCGGCGUACAUUGGGGUACAUACCACAUGGGAUCGCAUGAGCAUUAUCUCGAACCCAAGAAGCUCUUGGAAGAAAUCAUGAAUAAAUCCAAUCGUUCCACUAGUUUCGUAACCCUCGAAAUGGGACGAAUUUGGGAAGAAGAAACCGAUAACAGCGGAACAAAAAGUGAUUUGUAA